AUAUUGUUCGAAUACUAUAAUAUCUUAUAUUUUUCAGGCUAAUUUUAUUUAUCAUAAUAAACUUUCUUCGUAAAAAUUUGUCGUUUUAGCGAAUUCCUAUGUAGUUCAUUCGUUUCAAUUUUCAAUGUCAAACACAUUAUACAAUGAGAGAUAAUGCGUAUUUGUGUAAUUUGAUACAUAAUAUACCUUAGUAAAAAUAACUGGCAUGGCAGACAACGCUCAUUCUCGUGUUAUCGAAACCAAUAGGCAUCUGUAGUAUCCUUUAUUUACUUGAAACUGUCUAGCAUUGUUUAGAAAAGACUAUUAAAAAAUUAUUUUUCAAACAAUGGGCUUAGUCUUCACUCUUAUUAAAUAACAUAAGUUCGUUCUCGUUGCGAGACGGUAUUGUGUGUGUGUAGUAAAGUCUCAUUGUUCGUUCCGCGUAAAUAUAUUCAGAUUUUGUUGUUUGCGUGAUUUUUUGUCUACGUAAUGGCAAUAAAACUUAAAAUGUUGUUUUUGUUUCAAAAUGAUAACAAAAGACAGUUUGGACAAUCGGUGCAAUGCUAAGAAAGCUAAAAAUGAGACUCUCGACGACGCUUUGUAUGUGUGGAACGCGAACGUGGUUUACAAGUGUCUGUGUGCCAAUUAUAACGGAGUUUAUCUGUAAGCAUACCAUAUUUUAAUAAUUUUUACCAUUUUCUCCGGCUAACCCGAAUUUUCGAUAACCCGGAUCGGCCGCGGUCCCGAUUAAUCCGAGUUAACGGGGUUCCACUGUAUGUUUAAUAAAUAUUUACCGUAAUCUGUAAUCCUUUAUUCGAUUAGUUAUCGGAAUAUUAAAUAUUAAACAUGGCGCUGCGAAAGUAAAAGAAUAUUUCAAGAAGGAUUGUGACAGAUAACUGAAAUUUAACAGUGCUUGAAUAGAGGUUAGGUUAUAAAUUCAAAUAACCAGAAAAAUGGCAACAAAUUUAGGCAUGGGGUCUGUAAAACUUCCCCCCGAUUUUGACUUGCAAGGGCAGAAUGCUGCUACAGAGUGGAAGUUUUGGUACACGGCUUUCGAAGACUACUUGAUAGCUAUAGGGCAGCAUGAGUCAACAGAUAGGGUAAAACUGUCCCUAUUGAGAAACAUAAUGGGAACCGAGUCAGCCCGUAUUAUGACAACAUUUAAGAUUCCAGAUGACCAGGUUGAUAAAUAUGAUUAUAUGAUAGAAACGAUAUCGAAGUAUGUGAAUCCGAGAAUGAACGAAUGUUUUGAACGUUAUAAUUUUUUAAAGAGGACCCAGAAAGAGGGUGAAGUAUUCGAACAUUUCCUAACAGAUUGCAGACACUUGGUAAGAACAUGCAACUACAAUCGUAAUGAUCCAGAUGAGACGGCAGAAGAUAAGGCACUCCGUGAUAAAAUUGUAAUGGGUAUCAGAGAUACAACAACUAGAGAAGCCCUUCUUAGGAUAGAUAAACUAACACUGGAAAAGGCCAUAAGUUUUUGCAGAACCAGUGAGCAAAGUAAAAGUCAAAAUUUACAAUUUCAGAGUACAGGAAGCAAUGAAACAGGUUUUGAAGUAAAUGAAAUAAGAAAUAAAAAAACUGUAAGUACAAAAAUUUUAAAAAGUAACAAAAAUUUAAAGCAAGGUCAUGAAAAAAUUUCAAAAUCUACUGAGACGUUUCGCUGUAAAAGGUGCCAGACUCAGCACGGCCCCCGCAAAUGUCCAGCUUAUGGAAAAGCUUGCAAUAAAUGUGGUAUUCUAAAUCAUUUUUCAAAAUCAUGUAGGGUAAAAAAUGUUAAAAAUGUUGAACAUGAAGAUGGCGACAGUUCAAGUGAAAUUUUUGUAGAUAAUGUAAACUUAAGUAAUAACGUUGUAGCUUGUAAUUCUAGCAGAGGAAGUAUCUGGGAAGAGUUUUUAGAGAUUGAAGGGAGAAAAAUAAAAACUAAAUUGGAUACGGGUGCUGACGUAAAUAUAAUUCCUUUAAAAAUAUUUAAAUAUGUCAACAAACAAUUUAGAGUCAGGCCAACAGAGUACAUUUUAAAAGCUUUUGAAGGUACUGUUGCCAAACCGAUAGGUAUAGUAAAUUUAAACUGUAAAUUUAAAAAUAAGGAAAUUUUUGAGGAUUUUGUGAUCGUGGAAGGGGCAAAUCAGGUUCUAAUAGGUGGUCAAGCUUGUUUGCAUUUAAAUUUAAUAAAAAGAAUUAAUAUUGUUUCUACUGAUAAAUUCCAAUCAGACAUGUUAUCCAGAGCUAGUCUUAAAGUCAAGACACUUGAUCUUGAGAUGUUAGAAAUGGUACACACUGUAUCAAUACAUUUGCCUAUGUCUGAUGAGAGAAAAUUAAAUUUUAGAAGGGAAACUGCCAAUGAUAAAAUAUUAAAGAAAAUUUCAGAUUUUUAUUAUAAUGGUUGGCCAAGAAUAAAUAGUAUUUCACCAUUGUGCAAGCCUUACUAUGUCCUGAAAAAUGAUUUAUAUGUUGAAGCAGGUCUGAUUUUUAUGGGUGACAAGAUAGUGGUACCAAAUAGUUUAAAGUCUUUUAUUUUAAAUUUAAUACAUAAAGGGCAUUUAGGCAUUAAUAAAACUAUACAUAAAGCUAGGCAGUUAUUUUUUUGGCCAAAUAUGUCAUCUGACAUUACAUUAUUUAUCAAACAAUGUCGAACUUGUGAAAAGUACAUGCCAAGUAAUCGUAGGGAACCCCUAUUACCCCACUCAGUCCCAAAACUACGUUUUAAUAAAAUAGGAGCAGACAUACUGGAAUUUGGAGCAAAGGCAUAUCUAAUCUUAAUAGAUCAUUUCUCUCAUUGGAUUGAAAUAUGUCCUUUACAAAAUAAAACUUCAGAAUCUGUUAUAGAUGCGAUGCAGAAUGCGUUUACAAAAUUUGGUUACCCUCAGCACUUAAUCGCAGAUAAUUUACCCUUUGUAUCAUUAAAAUGCAGGGAAUAUUACAAGAACAAGGAUAUCACAGUCUCUACUUGUACACCAUACCAUCAUCAGAGCAAUGGUUUGUCUGAAAAGGCUGUUAGCUUAGGAAAACAAAUUUUACGGAAAAGUUUAGCAGAAAAAAGUGAUUUUAGAGACUUGCUCUUGGAAUAUAAUAAUACCCCUAUCAUUAGUUUAAAAGCCUCCCCAGCUCAAAUUUUACAAAGUAGAACACUUCGAACACAAAUUCCAGUGACCCAAAAUAAAUUAGAACCAGAAAUUCAAGUGCAUAUUGUCAAUUAUCUAAAUGAACAAAAACAAAAGAUGAAAAUACAUUAUGAUAAAACGAGUCCUAAAUCCUUAAUAGAAUAUAAAAAGGGAGAUAAAGUAGUAGUUAAAAGUAAUAGAGAUAAAAUAUGGUAUAAGGCAGUUGUUCUAGAGAAAGCUCGAGAACCAAGAGCAUACUGGAUACGUAAAGAAAGUAAUAAUAAAGUUAUUAGGCGCAACAGCAGUCAAUUAAAACCAUCUUUAACAAAAUCAAAUUAUGAUGCUAUGUUGGAACCCGAAUUGUUUCCCGACCAGUAUAUACCUGAACAAAAAACAUAUUUGAAUAAUCAGAUUGCUAUAAGUAAUAAUGAUAUUGUAGAUGAUAUCAAUCUAUUAUUUAGGACAAUAGAUGUUAAUAAAAAUGAACAAGUAAUCUCUGACCCAGGUACUUCAGGUUAUCAAAGAUCUCGUUUUGGACGAUCUAUUAAACCCCCAGUGAAACUUGAUCUUUAAGGGGAAGGUGUUUAGUGUAUAGUGUGAUCACACCUUUAGGUGUCAGUGUAUUUGUCACAUUGUCAACGUCAAUCAGAUCAGAGCACUUGUCACGGUCUAAAAUAAAACAUGUACAAAAGUUUGUAAUCAUAUAUGUUUAAUAAAUAUUUACCGUAAUCUGUAA